AUGUGUCUUUUUAUUAUCGCUGGGGUCUCUGGUGCUAACCUCCUGGGACUGAAGUACUUAAUAUGGAAGGCUUGUUUUAACAUUAAUUUAUGUAUAUAUUCUUUUCUUGAUCUUUUCAUUUUUGGUAGAAUACCAUCUCGCCCGUUACCACCUGGCCCUGGACCAUUGGACAAUGCUGGGCGGAAGCUGACAAGGUACAAUGUUUCCUCAACUCCUGUUUCCACAGAGACGCGGCGCAAUCUUACUCCAAACGGGAUUACCUCCCGCAUUGGGCCCUUGAAAGCUGACCACUAUUCCAUCGGUGCUUCCAGUAUCUACCCCUCCUCGGAUCAUGGUAGAAGCAGCUACAGCACGUAUUCUCGCAACACAGGAACCAGUCGACUUUACAGUGUCAAUCCAACAUCCACGGUGAGAAGUGAUUUUCGCACAAGCACUUUGAACGGAAUAAGUCGACCAGGAAAAUCAUCAAGCUUGAUUGAUCUUUCCAGCUUAAGCAUCCACGAUGUAAACCAUUCCUCAAAUAGGAAUCGUGCUACGAGUGUCUUUAAUGAUAAUUAUGUGCCUGUUGGCAGAACCUCCAAUGUCACUUCUCGCAGUCGGAAUUAUCGAGACAACAGCAGUGAUGACAUUUUCGGUCGCAGCAGCCGGACUUCCCACUUGGAUGGGGAGAGGCCCGAUGGCACCUCAAGGACACGUUAUACGGCAAGUGUUUCUCGAGAUAUGAGCCCCACGAGUCCAGGGUCUCGGCGUCUGGGGCUGUCAGGUGAUACUGAUGAUUCGCCUACAAAGUCUUCCUUGAGCAAUCUGAGUUCGAGCAGCUCCAUGUCUAGCGGGAACUCAAAAUAUAAAGAUGGUGGAAGAGUUGGUCUGCGAAAUUUGGGAAAUACAUGUUUUAUGAACAGCGUGCUGCAGUGUUUAAGCAACACACGUCUUCUGCUGGAGUGGUGCCUAGAUGAGAGAUACCUUCAGGAUAUCAAUGUCACCACAAGCAAUAUGAAAGGGAGCCUAAUCAAAGCCUAUGCCAACUUGAUGCAAGCCAUGUGGAAAAGCAAGACCGAUGGCAGUGUGUCACCUGAUGCUUUCAAGACGCAAAUACAGAAGUUUGCUCCUCGCUUCAUGGGCUAUGCCCAGCAAGACAGUCAGGAGUUUCUCCGUUACUUGCUGGAGGGGCUUCACGAAGAUGUUAACCGGGUCACCAAGAAGCCGGCACCGAUUAUCCUCGAUGACAACCAGCUGGAGAAGAGAAGUGAUAGUGGAAAAGCCCAGGAGUAUUGGAAAGCUUAUUUAAAUCGCGACAACAGUAUGAUCGUGGACAUUUUUGUGGGACAGUUAAAAAGUGAGCUGAAUUUUGCAUCCUGUGGUCACCGUUCAGUAACCUUUGACCCAUUUUGGGAUUUGUCCAUUCCGGUAGUUAAGGGUCCAAAUGAGGUCAGCUUGGACGAUUGUAUUCGGCUGUUCAUGAAAGAGGAAGAACUAGCCGCUGAAGAGAGACCAAUGUGCACCAAAUGCAAGAGCAGAAGGUCGUGCACCAAGAGUUUUUCUAUUCAGCGUUUCCCCAAGAUCCUCGUACUUCAUUUGAAGCGUUUCAGUCAGCAAGAAAGGUUUGGCCGUAAACUGACGACCCUCGUAGAUUUCCCCAUUAAGAACCUUGACCUUUCAGAAUAUGCUUCAGACAGUAAGGCAGGGGAGCAGGUGCGGUACGACCUCUACGCUGUGUCCAACCACUCCGGCGGUACCAGUUCUGGUCAUUACACUGCUUACUGCAGGAACCCCUACUCUGGCGAAUGGUAUUACUUCAAUGAUGCUAGAGUUUCGAGCAUCCGAUCAAACCAAGUGGUCUCCCCUGAGGCCUACGUCCUGUUCUACGAACUGAGCAGCUAG